AUGAAGGUUGCGAGAUUUCAACACGAACUUAACUACCUUCGACAAGAAUUGCAAGGCUAUUAUUCUCUACAGCUGAAAGGGUUUACUGCCAUACCAGCCUUCUACGGCUAUGUCUACGAAGAAAAUCAGUCCAGGGUGAUAGGCUCUCUGAUGGAGUAUCUCUGCGGUCACCCUGCUGGUCCCGCUGAUUGGGAAGAAUGUCGAGAGCUACUCCAAGGUAUACACCGCAUCGGUUUUAUUCAUGAGGAUAUCAAUCGGUACAAUUGGCUGAAGACAGCAAGCGGUAUGUAA